CCGACGAGUGUAUUAGCACAAUGAUAUCUAUAUAUACAUAUCUAAUCCAUAAAGGACUUGAUAUUUAGAAAUUAAAAAGAGAAUGAGUAUGACACUAAAGGUUCUGCUUCUACUUAUACUUGUCUUCAGUCAUCAUGCUGAUUCUGGCUCUAUCGUCAAGUUUCUUCCUGGUUUUGAAGGCCCUCUUCCUUUCGAACUUGAAACCGGAUACAUUGGCAUUGGCGAGGAAGAGAACUUGCAGUUGUUCUACUACUUCAUCAAAUCUGAGAAGAAUCCAAAAGAAGAUCCUCUUCUUUUAUGGUUGAAUGGAGGACCUGGGUGCUCUUCUCUCGAAGGCCUUCUUUUUGAGAACGAACAAAACAGGACCGGUGGCUGUGAAGGUUGAGGUUUACAAUGGAAGUCUCGUUUCUUUGGUGUCUACUACAUAUUCAUGGACGCAGAUGGCAAACAUAAUAUACUUGGAUCAGCCAGUUGGAGCUGGCUUCUCCUACUCAAGAACUCCACUUGGUAAAACUAGUGACACAAAUGAAGCUAAGAUGAUCCAUGAGUUUCUUCAGAAGUGGUUAAGCAAGCAUCCACAAUUUUUCUCCAACCCUUUUUACGCUACCGGGGAUUCUUAUUCCGGUAAGACUGUUCCGGCACUCGUUCAAGAAAUCUCACAAGGAAACUAUAAAUGUUGUAAACCUCUCAUAAAUCUACAGGGUUAUGUGCUCGGAAACCCAGUAACAUAUCCUGAAUUUGAAGAAAAUUACCGUAUUCCAUUUUCUCAUGGAAUGUCAUUAAUAUCUGAUGAACUCCACGAGUCUUUGAAGAUAAACUGCAAGGGAAAUUAUGGAAAUGUGGAUCCACUUAACACAAAGUGUCUGAAACUUAUUGAAGAAUACCAUAAGUACACUGACAAAAUAAAUACACAACAUAUAUUAUUACCUGAUUGCGAUGACAAAAGAAAUCCAAAAAAUACAUCUCCAGAUUGCUAUUAUUAUCUUUAUUAUCUCAUUGAAUGCUGGGCCAAUAACGAGAGAGUUCGCGAAGCUCUUCAUGUUAAAAAGGGGACCAAAGGACAUUGGCAGCGAUGUAACUGGACUAUUCCAUACAAUCACGACAUUAUAAGCAGCGUACCAUAUCAUAUGAAUAUCAGUCUCAGCGGAUACCGAUCUCUUGUAUAUAGUGGUGAUCAUGACAUCACGAUGCCAUUCCUAGGAACUCAAGCCUGGAUCAAAUCUCUGAAUUACUCCAUCAUUGAUGACUGGAGGCCUUGGAAGAUAAAAGAUCAAAUCGCUGGAUACACCAGAACUUAUUCCAAUAAAAUGACAUUUGCUACUAUCAAGGAAAGUAUUCUCGUUUGAACUUAACAUUUUCCUAUCAAUGCAUUAUUUGUAAUGAAAAGAAAAUGCAUAUUAAUCUUUUUGAGCAUUUUGAUUAUAGGGGGGUGGACACACGGCAGAGUAUAAACCAAACGAGACAUUUAUCAUGUUCCAAAGGUGGAUCAGUGGACAUCCUUUGUAAAAGAAUUCAUGGCUUUACGUAUAAUGAUCAUUAAUUAUUGUAGCUCAUAAAAUAUUUAAAUGCUAUAUACAUUUGAUCAACACAUAACAUUCAGAGAAUAGAUUACGGAGUCGCUUGCCUACUUAUUUUGUACAGUCCAGUUUAUAUUCAACGAACUAAAUACUGAAAUCGUUAAUUUUGAUUUUGGGGUGGUCGGGUGGGCUUCACC